AUGCACUACUUCCUAAAUUACGCCGCCCUCGAUCUGUCUGGCUACAUCCUCCGCGACUUGUGGAAUGGCUUCGUCCUGCAAGCAAGUCAGUCGGAUCCAAUGGUGCGCCAGGCUGUCUUGGCCGUAUCCAGCGCUCAUUUGGAUCGCUGCAGUGGCAUGGGUCUCACGUCCGCGACAUCGCUGGCCUCGUAUCAAACAAGCGUGAACACGCUGCGUAACUAUAUGCUGCGCAAGGAGAAGCCCUCGCCUGAGCUGGUGCUGCUCUGCUGCAUCUUACUUUUCACAUUCGACCGUUUACGGGGCGACAAGGCGGCUGCUGCGAUCCACCUUCAGAGCGCCAUGUCGAUUCUGAAGAAUGCUAGGAGCCUAAUGACCGAUGACUCCAAGAGAUCUUUGGUGAUGAGUCAGGACGCCAUCGCUGACUUGACGCAUGUUCUUCUUCGGAUGGACAUCGAAGACACGAUGCCAGUCCUCGACCGAGGGCCUCUACUCGACCUGGCAAUCGACUCGGUACACGCCUACGACGACGAACCCCCACCGAUGAAGUUCUUCUCCCCUCGCGAGUUCAUGGAGCCCUGGAUGGAGACCUGCCACGCCGUCUGGACCUUCAUCGGCCGAAACGCCAAGUACCGGACCCUGCCUCUCGACGAAAUCCCCCCUUCCGUCCUGACCCACCGCCGCAACCUCCAGCGCCGGAUCAAAGCCUGGCGAGCCGCCUACAAGAAUUACAUCUCCCACGUCGGCAUCCCCGCCGCUCACGACCUCCCUCCCCCCUCCCCAACCCUCAACGCCCGCAUCACCGACGCCAUCAACGCCCUCAUCAUCGAAUCCCACUACUUCGUCAUCAAAUCCGUCCUCGCCGAAGCCCUCCCCUCCCCCACCACCCUCAUCCACCCCUGGGACCUCAUCGCGGAAAAAAUGCUACAGUGCGGCGAGAAAGCCCUCGCCCUCCGCCACGCGCAAGACCUUCUCGACGCACGUGGGCAUCGCGGAGAGUCUGCUCUGCCUGGCGCAUCGCACGCGGUCGCCGGAGGUGAGGCGAAGGGCGCAACGGUUGAUUGCGGGGUUUAG